AAGAUGCCAAAACUUUUUUUUACUUUCAUUCGUUUUUUUAUGCUUUUACUCAGUUUCUCCAGUAUUUGCCUGGGAGUACUCUGCACGUCCACGAAUUCUUCUAUGUGCAGAUGUGGGAACAACAAGCUAGUGUUUUAUUGCCUGUUAGCUUUGGGACUCUGUCUCCUUGUCAUUGGCAUUUUCUGGAGCACUUUCCAUGAAGUCCUGAAAUACAGGGCCCUUGGCAUCUUCAUUCGAAAUCCCAGCCACAGAGAACCACAUGUCUGCACCAUAGACAGGCCUGACUUCUACCCUCCCUCUUACGAAGACAGCAUAGAUCCUGAAAAACUGGUUUCCCCACUGUCAGUUGCCUCCACACUAAAACAGCAAGAAUUCAUCAAUAUUCCUCCACCUCCAUAUAGUGAAAGCAGUGCAGAAUUUGUCAGUGAAACAAAUGAGCAGGAGCAGCCACCACCAUACACAUUAUCUGUGGAGCAGCAGCAAACAGCUGACCAAGACCCAAACCUCAGGGGUUUAAAUUAUCAUAUAUCCAUGCAAGAAAUCAGUUGCCAACAGGAUACAGACUUCCAGAGGACCUCAGGAAGAGAAACACCUGUCAAAACAUGA